AUGACAUGCCUUUUAACCUCGCUCUCAGUAAAUGGGGUGAAACAGAACUGCUCGGAGUUGCAAAUCGUGUGGUCGGCGGCGGGGUGCGGGCGCGGGUCGGCGCGCUCGACGCCGGGCGGCAAGAAGCCGCGCCGCCGCGUCGCGUCCGUCGCGCAGCGCCGCGCCGCCAACAUCCGCGAGCGGCGACGUAUGUUCAACCUCAACGAAGCCUUCGACAAGCUGAGACGGAAGGUGCCAACGUUCGCGUACGAGAAGCGUCUCUCCCGCAUCGAGACGCUGCGUCUGGCGAUCACGUACAUCAGCUUCAUGUGCGAGCUGCUGCACGGGUCGCCGCAGCCGCACCACGCGCACCUCCACCCCUCGCGACAUGCCUUCGAGGCCGACGUCCCCUGGUGCACUUAGAGGUCAGUUGUCGCAAGUCAACCAGUCCUAAUGCCCUUUUGUUGGCGAGUGGUGGACGGGACAGGCCCGCGGCAAUACGUCGCGGACGUGCAAGGACAAAAUAACAUUCUGUGCUUUGUAAACUCGUUGCAAACAC